AUGUCACCUAGUCCACGCCCGGACUAUGACACAAGGUCAUACACUGAGAACGGACAAGUGGUUUACAUACCAAUCAACAUGGAGAAUGGCCGCCAUGAAAAGCUGAGUCGGUAUGACCGACCCGAUGCUGCUGUGUAUGCGACUGAAUCGAGAACAAGUAGCCGGGCAAAAGUACGCAGUCCUAGCAUAAAUGGAGUGAUUGCGGUGGCGGCAGAAAAUGAAACGAACCCGUCAUUUAACCCGAAUCGCCAUAUGAGCAUAAUUGCAGGAGAUGACGUCAGAGAUGCAUUGAGUCAGUUCGACUACCUCAAUGACUACGACAACACAAGCAUUCGAGGACGCGAACGGGAGGCCUCAUAUCACUUUUGA